CGAGCAGCUGGUGGAUUCAAACUGCUAACCUUUUGGUUAGCAGCGACGCUCUUAACCACUGCGCCACCAGGGCUCCUACAGUAAAGUUAGUAUCUGAAAUAUUUCUGUUUUUCAUUCUUUCAACUAGUACUGUUUUCUCAGGGUUACAUAGUAAGUGUUGCAAAUUUAAGUCAAAACCUUUCAGGUAUUUCAGAAAAAAAAUUACAGGCGUUUUCAGAUUGUUCUAUACAUAACUCAAGGUUUUAGUAAAGUAUAUUCUGCAAUUCUGAGGAUCAGUACCCAGCAAUGUUUCAUUCUGUGGUGCAUGGGGUCGCCGUAAGUUGGAACCAACUCGACAGCACGUAACAACAACAGCCACAUUUUCUGCAUACAUUCUAUUAACCAUCCACCUCUUAGAGUCACUUAAUAAUGAUGAGAAUAACUUUCCUCCUUCUGCCCUCAUUUUCUCUGUACUUUUGUCUUCUUUAGGAGAGUUAUUGUUGCCCAGUUAAGUACAAAGCACUGAAAACAAACAUUGGGGCAUAGAAACCUCUGGAUCUGCAGCUGACUUGAGCUGCGUAUCAUUUAUCCUGACUUAGGCACCAGAAUCACAUUUCAGAACUCGUUUGCCUUCUUCAUACACUUCACCUCUCUCUUCACCUGCAUUUGUAACUUUCUCCCUACACUCUUGAAUACACUGUAGAUGAGGAAGAAUCACUUACUAGUUGUUAGUGUAGCGGAGAGCUUUUAUUUUUUGAGUGACUCUCUUCCUUAAUUACUGAGGGGAUUAGCCAAUAUUGAGAGUGAUGCUUUCAAAUAGAAUUUUCCUGAAGGAAUCGCAAGUUCUGUGAACAACUAUUUAUUUUUGUGUCUAGAAUAAAGCUGAGCUGUUAACUGGACAGAGGUGCUGAUCUCCUUUUGUCACUAUACCAAACAUAUUACACCUUGGGAGAAGGAGAAAUAUAUUUAAUUUUUUUUUUAAUUUAGGUUUUUUUUUUUCCUUGUUUGCUUCUUAAGUAAAACCAAUCUAGUUUCUUUUUUCAACAGCAAAGGAGGAAGGAACAAGCAACAAAUUAAUCAGACAGGAAGUGAAUAGCCACAGAAGGACAUCUGCCUCUGACUCAGUAUGUCACAUUUAACAAGAGGCCAGAGCUUGUCCAAAAUGGCUGGCUAACGACCCCAAGUUUGCGUUAGAAGAUGAUGCCUUUUUCAGGGAUGGUUUUCUCUCUUGGCUCAUGGCUUGCUUGCUCUCUGUCUGCCUGUGUCUGUGAUCAUGCAUGUCCUGCAGUAUCCUUUAACGAUUUCUCAGCAAGACUGUUGAAAGUUUAACCAUCCAAGAUGCCCGUCCCUCCCCCUCCAGCACCCCCUCCGCCCCCAACACUUGCACUGGCCAAUACAGAAAAGCCUACCUUGAAUAAGGCAGAGCAGGCUGGGAGAAAUGCUCUUCUCUCAGACAUCAACAAAGGGAAGAAACUAAAGCGGACAGUCACCAAUGACAGAAGUGCACCGAUUUUGGACAAACCUAAAGGAGCUGGUGCUGGUGGCUCUGGUGGCGCUGGUGGCUUUGGUGGAGGCGGCGGAUUUGGUGGAGGAGGUGGCAGCAGUAGUGGAGGCGGUGGAAGUUUUGGAGGGGGCGGACCACCUGGUUUGGGAGGACUGUUCCAGGCUGGAAUGCCCAAGCUGAGAUCCACGGCCAACAGAGAUAAUGAUUCCGGAGGAAGCCGACCACCAGUUUUGCCACCAGGAGGAAGACCCACAUCUUCAAAAUCUUUUUCACCCCCAAGUGGCCCAGGGAGGUUUCCAGUGCCUUCUCCAGGCCACAGAAGUGGUCCCCCAGAGCCUCAGAGGAACCGUAUGCCUCCUCCAAGGCCUGACGUGGGCGCAAAGCCCGAUAAUGUUCCCCCCCCAGUACCUAAUACGCCAAGACCCGUUCAAUCAAGCCUGCACAACCGCGGCUCCCCACCAGUGCCUGGGGCACCCAGGCAGCCCAGCUCUGGGCCUGCCCCUCCCCCUUUCCCUGGAAGCCGAGGUGCUGCCUUUGGAGGAGGCUCCAUGCGCCAGUCACCCCCAGGCUCCUCCUCACCCUUCUCCAACAGGCCUCCCCUUCCCCCUACUCCAAGCAGGGCGUUAGAUGACAGGGCCCCUCCUCCACCUCCUCCAAUGGGCAACAGGCCCUCCCUCCACAGAGAAACUGGUCCACCUCCUCCCCCUCAGAACAACAAGCCUCCAGUGCCUUCCACCCCGAGACCUUCCUCCUCCUCACAGGCUGCGCCUCCGCCGCCGCCUCCCAACAGGCCUGGCCCUCCUCCCCUGCCUCCGGGUUCCAGUGGCAACGAUGAAAUCCCAAGACUUCCACAGCGGAAUUUGUCCCUCACUUCAUCAACACCACCUUUACCUGCACCAGGACGUUCAGGCCCUCUUCCUCCCCCACCUAGUGAGAGACCCCCUCCUCCAGUGAGGGAUCCACCAGGCAGAUCAGGCCCUCUCCCUCCACCUCCGCCAAUAAGCAGAAAUGGCAGCACGUCUCGGGCCCUGCCUGCCACCCCUCAGUUGCCGUCCAGGAGUGGACUAGAUAACCCCAGAAGUGGGCCUAGGCCUCCUCUUCCUCCUGACAGGCCUGGUGCUGGGGCACCUCCCCCACCUCCCCCAUCCACAUCAAUUAGAAAUGGCUUCCAAGACUCAUCCUGUGAAGAUGAGUGGGAAAGCAGAUUCUACUUCCAUCCGAUUUCUGAUUUGCCACCUCCAGAGCCAUAUGUACCAACGACCAAAAGUUAUCCCAGUAAAUUAGCAAGAAAUGAAAGCCGGAGUGGAUCCAGUCGAAGAGAACGAGGUGCCCCACCCCUUCCUCCCAUCCCAAGGUGAUCUUUGCCUGACGUUCUCCACCCGAGCUCAAGAGCUGCUUCUAUUGUUGCUGUCCAAGAGUUGCACGCUCUCCUCCCUUUUUCCUUCCCUUGUCCCCUUUAUAUUGGCAGUUGGGAAGAAAGGAGGGUGAGGUAGAAAUAUGGGGGGCGGGGGACGGGUGGGAAUCCGGUAAAGAAAUGCACCUAGCUUUUUAUAUUGUGUAUAUUCUCGAAGCUAUGCUUGCUUCAGCUACAGCCUGCCAGUGUCGGCUGCUUGGAGGUGGAUAGGUUUUUGUGGCAAGUAGGCAGAUAUGAACUGUAGCCCAGCUUUCAACCCACCAAAUUCAAACAUUCAUUGCUUAUUUGCUACAAAACUAUUGUUACUAAAGUCCCUGAGAGCUGUUUACUUCCAUGCCUUUUAUGCAUGCUUGGCCUCCUGCCUGUUUCCAUGAACCACAGGCCACCUAAGCAAGUUGCUGAGUGAGGGCUCCCAUGACACUUUGGGGUUACAGGGUUUCCAAUCUUUGGCAGUCUGAGGUAGGGUCUAGGAUACAGCUAUCCAAUAGAAAUACAAUGUGAGCCAUAAAUAAAAUUUAAAAUUUUCUAGUAGCCACAUUUUUUUUAAAGGUAAAAUUUUAAUAUAUUUUAUUUAACCCUAUAUAUGCAAAAUAUUAUCAUUUCAACCUAUAAUCAAUAUGAAAAUUAUUAAAGAGAUUUUUACAUUCUUUUUCUGGUACUAAGUCUUCCAAACCUAGGUGUAUUUUACAUUUAUGGCACGUCUCCAUUUGGACUAGCCACAUCUCAAGUGUGCAAUAACCACAUGUGGCUGUGGCCACCAUAUUGGUCAGCACAGGUCUAGAAGAUGGAGGCUGGUGUAAAAACCUCUUGGCUUUUUUGUUUUAUGGUGUUUUUUUUGUUUUUGUUUUUAAGAUAAGAUGAACUUAGUAAUUCAAGAGGUAACUAAAAAUAAAGUUAAGGCCAAACACCUUGUUUGGCAGAUAGCCUGACCUUAGAUUUUGCUCCCUUAUUUUCCCUCUCUCCCUAAUAUCUGUAUACGAGUUUUGCUUCACAGUACCAGGGUCAGAAAUUGAUCUAUUAUGGUUUACAGUCACGUGGAAUAAAGCCAUUAGAAAGAAACUGAAAGCCUGUCGAGUCUUUCAGGCUCAGAACCAGCUGACUUGUGUGCUCAUUUGUCAGCUGGACUCCAGCCUGGUGGACUUGAAGCAGCCUUUGUUCCUCUCCCAAUGACGAGCAUGCCACUUAGGGCCAGGAGAGGCUAGGUAGGCUCCAUCAUGGGAGGAAGAAAGUCAGGGAAAGGUAGCAAAUCAGAAACAUGGAAGAAGGGAACAGAUUUCAGUUGGGGUGGGUUGGUAAAGCUCGCUCUAAAAAUCUAAAUCUGAUGCUUAAGGGAUUGAGAGAAUUAGGGAGAUAGCUACUGGAAAUUGGAGGGAAUUUAUUUUGAAUCCAUCCAGGAAAAUAAUUUGUCUUGGAUCUAUGCAAAUAAAGCUCCACUAAAGGACCAUAGGAAGAGCCAGCCUUGCCUUUUUUAUGAUUUGUUUACAGAACCUUACUGGGACUUUUAAAUCUAGCUCUAGAGAUGGGAAACAGUAUUUCCACUUAGAUGUUUUAUAUGGUUAUGUUUAAAAUUACCAUUAUUUUUUACAAGCACAUGGCCACAUAUGUAUAUGUAUAUCUAUCUAAACUUUGUAUCAUGGUUUCAGUGUAUUAUUCUUGUAUUACUGGGAGAUUAUAAUAAGAAAUUACUCCAAAGAAAAAUUUGAAAAAUGCAUUCCUAUUUAUAGACUAAAUGUUUCAUUUAUAUAAAAGCAAAAUAAUUUAGGGGUGUCUAAUAAAUUGAGGUUACCAGUCUGAAAAAUUGUAUUUUUAUAACUUUCCUUGCCCAAGUCCUGGACUUAAUGCUUAGAGAACAUGUUUUUUUUCACCCUAUCCUCUAUUACGCAUCUAUUUUCCAUGCAGUUACUUGGGGCUUAUAUCCCAGAGAGAGUCAAGAAAUAUAAAGGUGUAACAAGCUUUGCAAAGUAUUUUCAAAAAUGUAUUUUAUCUUCAGCAUUUUGAUAAUUUAGCAACAUCAUUUUAUUUUUGAUUCUUUGAUCUGACUUCAAAAGUGAUAAACAUCCCUAUGAUAAAACCUAAUGACCCACUUCAGAAAAGAUGGAGUUUGGCCUUCCUACAAAGUAUCGUGGAGAAAAGUCUAACCGAGAGAAAGUGGGUCUGAAUUUUAUAAGUGGUAUUAAGAAUUGACCGAUUUCCUUGUAUGUCCCGGCUUUGCAGAGACCACCCUAAAGUUUGAAACCGGGUUAUAGCUCAAAGUUGUCAUUCUCCAGAACAGAGAUGUUUUUGAAUGUAUUUUUUAAGUGAAUGUUUCAUUAACACCCCUACAUACCUUCUUUGAAAAUUAGCAACCUCAUUGCACCCAAAACUUUGAAUAGGUUCUAUUCUAAAAUCUUAAAUUGUAGCAAACCAUAAAAAUUAGUUUGUUCCCUGAAAUUGAAGCUUACAUGUGUUUUUCUCCCAUAAAAUUUCCAGAUUCAAGAUGUAAUACAGUAUUUUAACAUUCACAUAUCAUUUUAUAUUGAAAUGUAUUACAGUAUUAAAACUUAGUGUUCAGUAUUUAUUUCACUAUGCAUUUUAUUUAGUAAAAACAGAAAAAUGUUUAAUCCAAUGGUGCCUUACUUUGUGAUUUGAAAGAAAUCAACUUUUUAUGUCUAAGUAGCAGAUUAUUUGCAUAUCUGUAAAAACCAUUAGGCCUUUGGGCAGCUCUCGAAGGGUUGGAGCUGCUGUAACUCCUCCCCCAGGAGACUGUAGCAGUCAGCCAGUCCCUGCUCCAUGGUAACCAUGUGUGACUCGAAAGGCCAUGAUCAAAAAUGCAGACACAUCAGAGGAGAUGCAACAAAACUCACUGGAGUGCGCUACUCAGGUGUUGGAUAAGUAUAACAUAGAGAAGGGCAUUGAGGCCCAUAUCAAGAAGGAGUUUGACAAGAAGUACAAUCCUACCUGGCACUGCACUGUGGGGAGAAACUUCGGUAGUUAUGUGACACAUGAAACUAAGCACUUCAUCUACUUCUACCUGGGCCAAAUGGCCAUUCUCCUGUUCAAAUCUAUUUAAAGCGUGGACUGUGCCCACACAUCCAGUGAUCCAUCCAGAAACAAGGACUGCAGCCUAAAUUCCAAAUACCAGAGACUGAAAUCUUCAGCCUUGCUGAGGGAACACCUCCAUCUUUGAACCUUUAUUGUGUUGUUUUAUACAGGGCCUUCUGUGUACUAGUUUGUUGUGAUUAUAAAGCAAUUAGCAAAAGGACAAAAAAAAUCUGUUAAGCCUUUGUAUUUUACCUUAUAAUACCAAUUUUGUUAUUUUAAUAGCAGAAACAGGAAGAUUAAAGUACCCAACAAAUUUUGGCGUGAAAAUUUUUCCUGUUUAUAGUCAGGGACUAUUGAAGGGAGAAAAAAAGUUUUUUCCUACCACUGCACUAUGUAGACAUGCACAUUUUGAUAUAUAGCGUCAGCAUAGUUUAAAUGGUGGGGUAGAGUCUACCCUAGACAUCUGCAUCUUUCUAAGUUAGCCAGACAAUAAAUGAAACAAGAUGAUAUGAGUGUCAACUGGUGAUUUUUCUUUAAGUAUUAUCUGUGUAAAUGAAAAAGCAAGUGUCUGUUUUCUGCUUUAUCCUGUAAUAAA